UGCCAGGGUCUUCCAGGUGGGUGGGAUCUACCUAAAUGUAAGAGAACCCACAAACCAAGCACAGACUUGAAAGGGGCAGUGCCGGGGAGAGAGUCAUGCUGGGCAAAAGGAGAAAUAAGGUGGCAGAGAUUGGGGGCAAGGCAGACAACUCUAGUGAGACUGGGAUUCCAAGAGGAGAAGUUCAGAUUAUUAUCUAGGCAGCUGGGAGUCACUGAUAGUUCUUGAGCUGGGGGCUGACAUGGCAGGCAUUUGGGGUUUGCUAGAAACAAACCCGGCUAAGCAGGUGGGAGCAGAGGUCAGGGCAUGCCUCCAAGGAGUUUCCAAUGGUUGGUGUGGCCUCUUGGGCCACACCACGAGUGACAGGCCAUCAGAAGGUAUACCAUGUCCCCAGCACCCCCAGAGUUUAAGCUAAAUUGCAAUGGAAAGUUGAGGGAGAUGGCUACCACUGGGGGUUGCCCUGGGAGAUGGCCUCUGCACGUAGGAAGACCACAGUUGAGAAGUGUCAGUCCUCCCUGCAUCCUAGCCCCACCCGAGUGUGGAUUUUAGUGCUGAGCUUUUCUUCUGGCUGAGCAGUAGCCGCUGUUAGGCACCAUCUUGUAGUGCUGGAAGUCGCUGCCACCGCUGCACCAACAGUUGCCAACCUGACAGAAUUAGAUAUGAGCCUCAUCCUUCCAAGUUUGGAAGAAGAGCUUAUGUUCAGCCUCUGGUGUCCACUGUAUCCCACCAAGUUGGGGUUGUCGGGAAUGUCCCGCCCCUCCACCACAUCUUUCAGGCCUCAGUUUCCCCUCUGUGAAAUGAGUUCCCUCCAGCUCUGAUGGGGCCGUCGGUGGAGGAGGCUAGAGACUGUAGCUUUGUCUUGUCACUGAUCUGCUAUGUGGCCUGGGCCUCAGUUUCCUCAUCUGUAAAAUGGGCUUGGAUGUGGACGUGUCAAGACCUCCAAAGCCCCACUGUGAGUCUUUGAUUUUGUGUGGGAUCCCAGGGCAUCCCCUGGCACUUGGCAAACCUUUAGGGGCAGGAAAAAUUAACUUCAAAGUCAUUAUUGGAAGAUGCUCAGGAAUGGACAUAUCGUUUAAUGAAAAGUGAUUUCCUAAAGAUCUGGUGUUCAUCUGUAGAGUUUUGACCAUUUGAUGGGAAACUGUGCUCAGAUGCUGGGAGCACACCGUGGUCCACCCUUCCCCACUGUCCACAUACCCCAGCAUCUGUCAUUGCAGUUUGCUCUGUCGCCCUCGUAGAGGAGCCCUCAGAAUGCCUGACGUGGAAGGCUGUUUCUCCCUAUGCAGAGUGUCCCCAGAGCCCUAAGCCCUAAACAUUCCAUCUGAAAAAUCCUCGUUGUGCUGGGCCUUGUAUUAAUACUAGGUGUCAGGAAGCAGGACCCGGGUGACUGGGGAGUAACAGACAGCAACAGUACAGGCUGGGAACGCAGGGACAGAGCUGUCCUGGAGGCUGUCCCAUCGAGGCUGUGAGGGGUGCCUGCUCAUUAGGCAGGGGAAGAGUGUACUGUGCUGAGGGCACAGCACAAGCCAAGGUGUUGGGGCUUGAGAAACCACAGCGUGUGCUUCAGCAACCCCUGGGGAUCUUGGGCUGGUUCUGGAUGGUGGAGGGGGCCUAGGAAUCGGCUUCCAGUUAAGUAGAGCAGGCACCUGUGCUCCAGAACACAGUGGGCACCGGUGACCGACAGUGCUAGUUCCCCACCCUGUCUUGCUAAAUCCCAGGCUGUUUGGUUCCUCUAGCACCACACUCUGGUCGAGCUGAAUUUCUGAGUCCGAGUGAGGUGGGGCGGAGGUAGGAAGGAAGAAGAAAGUACAUCCUCGUCAGGGGGAAAAACAUGUUUAAAAGAGGAACAAGGAGGGGGAGGUUGUUUGCAAACAUUUAAUGAGGUAGGAGUUUCACAUACUGUAGAUGGGAUAUUGUGCCUGUUUUAGAGAGGGUAACACUGAGGCUGAAGAGAGAAGGUGACUUGCCCAAGGCUGUACAGCAGAGCGCCCUGACUGGUUUCCAUGGCACUGUGGCAUCCGGCAGAGCCACAGUGACAGAGUUGGGGGUGGCCCGGCUCCUGCAUGCGCACCCUUAGCUGACUCUGUCACUGGGGCCUGUAUCCUUCCAGUUUCUAUAGAGCAAGGGAGGGGCUGCCCUCUGCUUUUCAUAGCCAACAAGGAGCAGGGCUUUAGGCUUCUUACAGCUUAAAAGGAGAAGGUCAAGGAAAUGGCAACCAACCUUUCUCUUUUCUUGAGUUUCUUUUUUGUGGCCUCCAGAAAUAAUCCUGGGCUCUGCAGAGCCUGUUUCAGGCUCAUGGUCUACCCUACCCCGCCCCCAUUUCCGGCAAAACCAGGCUGAGGGCUGGGCUGCUAGCGAAGCUGACAGCAAGAGUGACAGCCCUGUCCUGUCGCUGGUGAGUCAGUGCCAGGAGGUGGCUGCCUGCUGACUCACCCACUCCUUCCGCAGGCUCCAGGGGCCCCUACAGCAGCCUGACUCCAGCCAGCCCUGGGCCAUGGGGGAAGGAGAUGGAAAAGGGGCUUGGCUCCCUCUGACCCUUCACCCAGCCCCUGCACCCUGGAGCAGGGCUGCAGGCAGUGUGACCGUUGUGCUGUUAUUGCCCUAAACACAUAGCAACAGGAAAACAACCCCAAAACCCCAGCCUUAAGAGCAAGUCCAACAGUGCGCGACUCCCCAGGUCAGGAGAAGCCCCGAUGUGCGCAGAAUCUGCAGAUGGGGCCGCUCUCGGCCCUGCCUCUGGCUGUGGAAACAGGCCUCCAAGUACCCAAGAAAGCAAGGAGAUGGCCACCAAGGAGAAGCUGCAGUGUCUGAAAGAUUUCCACAAGGACAUCCUGAAGCCCUCACCAGGGAAGAGCCCAGGCACGCGGCCUGAGGACGAGGCUGAGGGAAAACCUCCGCAGAGGGAGAAGUGGUCUAGCAAGAUCGACUUUGUGCUCUCUGUGGCUGGCGGCUUCGUGGGCUUGGGCAACGUCUGGCGCUUCCCGUACCUCUGCUACAAGAAUGGUGGAGGUGCGUUUCUCAUACCAUAUUUUAUUUUCUUGUUUGGGAGUGGCCUGCCUGUGUUUUUCUUGGAGAUCAUCAUAGGCCAGUACACCUCUGAAGGGGGCAUCACCUGCUGGGAAAAGAUCUGCCCCUUGUUCUCUGGUAUCGGCUAUGCCUCCAUUGUAAUUGUGUCCCUCCUGAAUGUCUACUACAUCGUCAUCCUGGCCUGGGCCACAUACUACCUGUUCCAGUCCUUCCAGAAGGAGCUGCCCUGGGCACACUGCAACCACAGCUGGAACACACCUCACUGCAUGGAGGACACCAUGCGCAAGAACAAGAGUGUCUGGAUCACCAUCAGCUCCACCAACUUCACCUCCCCUGUCAUCGAGUUCUGGGAGCGCAACGUGCUGAGCUUGUCCCCUGGAAUCGACCACCCAGGCUCUCUGAAAUGGGACCUCGCUCUCUGCCUUCUUUUAGUCUGGCUAGUGUGUUUCUUCUGCAUCUGGAAGGGCGUCAGGUCCACUGGGAAGGUCGUCUACUUCACAGCCACUUUUCCAUUCGCCAUGCUCCUGGUGCUGCUGGUCCGAGGGCUGACGCUGCCGGGCGCGGGCGCAGGCAUCAAGUUCUAUCUGUAUCCUGACAUCACCCGCCUUGAGGACCCACAGGUGUGGAUUGAUGCUGGGACUCAGAUAUUCUUCUCUUACGCCAUCUGCCUGGGGGCUAUGACCUCGCUGGGGAGCUACAACAAGUACAAGUAUAACUCGUACAGGGACUGUAUGCUGCUGGGAUGCCUGAACAGUGGUACCAGUUUUGUGUCUGGCUUCGCAAUUUUUUCCAUCCUGGGCUUCAUGGCACAAGAGCAAGGGGUGGACAUUGCUGAUGUGGCUGAGUCAGGUCCUGGCCUGGCCUUCAUUGCCUACCCAAAAGCUGUGACAAUGAUGCCGCUGCCCACGUUUUGGUCCAUUCUUUUUUUUAUUAUGCUUCUCUUGCUUGGACUGGAUAGCCAGUUUGUUGAAGUCGAAGGACAGAUCACAUCUUUGGUUGAUCUUUACCCAUCCUUCCUAAGGAAGGGUUAUCGUCGGGAAAUCUUCAUCGCCUUCGUGUGUAGCAUCAGCUACCUGCUGGGGCUGACGAUGGUGACGGAGGGUGGCAUGUAUGUGUUUCAGCUCUUUGACUACUAUGCAGCUAGCGGUGUAUGCCUUUUGUGGGUUGCAUUCUUUGAAUGUUUUGUUAUUGCCUGGAUAUAUGGAGGUGAUAACCUUUAUGAUGGUAUUGAGGACAUGAUUGGCUAUCGGCCCGGGCCCUGGAUGAAGUACAGCUGGGCUGUGAUCACUCCAGUUCUCUGUGUUGGAUGUUUCAUCUUCUCGCUCGUCAAGUAUGUACCCCUGACCUACAACAAAACAUACGUGUACCCCAACUGGGCCAUUGGGCUGGGCUGGAGCCUGGCCCUUUCCUCCAUGCUCUGUGUUCCCUUGGUCAUCGUCAUCCGCCUCUGCCAGACUGAGGGGCCGUUCCUUGUGAGAGUCAAGUACCUGCUGACCCCAAGGGAACCCAACCGCUGGGCUGUGGAGCGCGAGGGAGCCACACCUUACAACUCUCGCACCGUCAUGAACGGCGCUCUCGUGAAACCGACCCACAUCAUUGUGGAGACCAUGAUGUGAGCUCUCUCGGGUCGACGGGGCCGGCGGCUUUCCUGCUGUUUACUAACAUUAGAUUCUCAUAGGACCAGGUUUACAGAGCUUUAUAUUUGCACUAGGAUUUUUUUUUUUUUUUUUUGGUAAUUGUCACAGAAAAUGUAAUUGUGGGUAUGUGUGCGUGUGUGUGUGUGUGUGUGUGUAUCGUGUGUGUGUGUUUUGUUUUGAUUUGGGGGAUAUUUUGUACAAAAAGAAAACCCACGGGAAGAUGUCCGUGGAGAGGCAGAGCUUUCAUACUGAAUUAGAUGUAUUUUAUGGGAAUUUGGUAAAUUUUUCUUUGUAUUUUUUUUUACAUAUAAGUAUAUAUACACUUAGAGAUUGUCAUAUACUUUUACCACUUGAAUUGAUCUUCUUGCCAGCAAUAGAUCUCAUUUUCAAAAGCAAUUCUUCGGUGCUGUGUAGCUGGCAGAAAGUUCUGUCCAGUAAACGCAGGAUGGAAUUUUCCUGGGACUCUACACCCAUCUUAAGGUGGUAUACCUUCCAAAUCCUGGUUCAGAUGGAAGAAAUAGCAGGAGAGAGGACCCAUUAGCUGGCAGACCCAGGGGGAAGAAAGGAGGGCUGUGAGGAGAUACCUCAUUAAACUUGGCUUAGUGAAGAAGAGAGAUGCCAAAGGAAUGAACCAACCCUUCACAUAAAGGAGACUGGCUGAAGCUGAAUGAGGAGGCCCUAUAGCAGAAGUCUGAGUCUAAGAGCAGUAGAAACUUGUACCAGAAGCAAAAUCCCACUUUUAAUUUUGAGAUGGUGAGUGGAUAGUCAGUAGACCGUCAGAACCACUGGCCAGAGAGGGAGCUGCUAGAGAUCCAAGAAGGCUGGCAGGAAUGAGGCUCACAACUCAGCCUCGCAAGAGGUGGCAAAGGCACAGGAGGCCACAGUCCUUCCUGGGGCAUUCCAGGCAGAGAAGGAGCAGAGGCUCUCCCGGCAGGAGCUGGGGUCUCAGGGCUCAGAUGAGUCUGUUGCAUUUGAAUGGGGUCAUAGCAGGUUCUGGUCAUUCCCCAAGCAACAUCUGAGCAUCUCUUAAAGUUGCCUGCAGGAAUGAAGCAUGACAUACCUGUUGAGGGACUAGGGGAGCGGUGGGGAGGUGAGUGGACCAAAGGAUAUAGGCCCCAGGCAUGCAGAUGGGCCCGGUGUCGGGGAGGGGUGCUUUCUUUCCUCAUCUCCCCACUCCCCACUCUCAGCCUGGGAGACUCCUGCCAAGCCCUCAUUAAAGAUGCCACCCUGGGCUGCCCUGGCACCUAGCAAGGCACACCAAGAACAGCUUUUGAGUCUGGAUCCUCCACUGGGGGAAGUGCUCCCAGUUCAGAACAAGGGCAGCCCGUGGUGCUGACCUAGGAUAUAACAAAGCUCUUCACUUCAAAUCCCCUGCAAUACCUGGGUUUACAGACAUUUACCACCUGGGGACCCAAAAGAGAAGGCCUAGGAGAGUUUUCUAGAAGGUUGGGAUUGUCAGGGUCCUGGCCCCCCAGAACUGGCUUGAUCAAGGGCCUUAUGUGGAGCAGAGGUUGUCUCUGAACCGGGAGAGAAGGUACUAUAUACCUUUCAAACCCCCAGGGCAGACACACCCCCACCCAGCCCCUAUUUGGACCUAAACUGUGCCAUUUGAACAGUCACUUCCAAGCUCAGUCUAAAUGAAACCGAAACAUGACCACGCACAAAGGCAGUCACUGCCUCGAGGGGUGCAGACCGCAGAAUUUUCACAGCAGGGGCUCUUGGAACCCUGGAAACCCCCUUCUUGAAUUUGGGAGGAGGAGUACGCCUUUGGUGUCCCCCUCCCAAGGGGCAAUUCUGAACCCCAUCUUUGGCAGGCAUACAUAUUUCACUGUUUCCAAAGCUAUCUACUCUGCCAAACAACACCCAGUCCUAUUCCAAACUCUCAACGAUUCUAUCUUGUUCCUGUUUUUCUAUGUAUUUAUGGUUGCCGUUGUGUCUGAUUUGAUUUUACUGUUUUUUCCCUGAUUUUAUGGAGUAGCAUUGUGACCUGUUUUCCUUUGUCUUAUAUAACUUUAGUAAACUAACCACUGUCAAUGAUUGAGGGCAGGUGGCACGUGGGGAAGAGGGGACUUGGCACGCAGUGGCUACCUGGGCAUUUGUGGUCAUUUCAGUCUUCAUCUCCCCAGCGGGGGCUCCCUGGGUGAAAGGCCACAGUAGUUUGGGUUGGUAGGCCAAUUGCAACAUUCUGGACAUGGCCUGAGGAAGGCCUCUUCUUAUAAGACUCUCAGACCAAAUUCUAGACCAAAGGACACAUGCAGACCAAGUCCCCAGGCCCCGCCUGGAAGGAAGGCCAGCCACCUUCCCCAAGUCGUUCCUCAACUCUCCCCAAGGCACCUGUCUCCAAUCAGAGCCCUCUCGCCCAGCCAGCCCUGGCUCUGUGUGCAGAGCAUAGCUCUGCGAGUACCUGUGUAAUAAUGCUUAACCUUCAUGUCUCCGUAUAAACGAAACUUUCCAUGAGAGCUCAUGACUCUGGUCCACCUGUCUAUAGAGAAUGGGCAAAGUCCUUCACCUGCUUUCUGCUUGGGAUGGGUCAGAAAUGCUGAUGCCCGCACAUAGCCCAGCCAGCCAGAUCUGGAAAGGAAGCGAGGGGGUUUUUUAAAUCAAUUUUUUAAGAUGAAGAAGUGGGAGACACUGCGUUGAGAUGGGCCAUGCUAGGGCCGCAGAGGAGAUUUCCUGACGGUCAGGGAGAGAAGGGCCUCCAGGGUCCCCCUAACCCAACGCCCUUGUUGUAAAUGAGGUAACUGAGGCCCAGGGAGGCACUGUGAGCCAGGAAUGGAUUUUCUUGAAACAGCUCUAGCUGCAGGUUCUCCGAGGUAGGUGCAGGGAAUGGUGAGUGUAUAACCAGGGCUACAUCCAGCAACAUCCUCAAGGUCUUCCUGACAACCAAAGACAAGCCUUUAUGGAAAAGGAAAUGCGCUCCCCUCCAUGUUCAGGGAUGAGGGGAGCAGCAGCAGCCACACUCCCACCAUCCUCGCAGAAUUGGACCCAUGCUGUGGCUCCGUGAGCUGGGUGACUCCAGCCUCACCUGCACACCCCAGCCCUGCACGGGGCCCUCCUUCCUCCCAGCAGCCCUUGGUGAGCUAGGAAUUGAGAUCCCUGUUUGUGAAAGAGGGAACUGAGGUGCAGAGAAGCCAGAGGUGUGCCAGAUCCUUAGGCAGGAUUUAGAUGAAGUCGCCCUGGCUCCAGACUGACCCCGAGGCUCUGCGGGGAGUUUCCAGGCAGCAGGAAGUGGCCUUGGAUGCUCUCCUUCCAGGACAGCAUAACCCCUGGGCCAUGUGCAGCUCCUUCACUGCCCCCUGGAUCCCCAGCAUACCCCCAAAGACAGUGGGGAAACACAAGGGGAGAGCACAGCAUGGCCCCUCCAGCCCACUUCAGGGCACUCUUGUAUCACCCGGGUACCGCCACACUGGUCCCCCACCCAGCCAGCAUCUCCCAGCACAGCCCCUCUCCCUGGGGAAAUGCUCUGGGUAGCCAGUCUAAAGGCAGAGGCACCUAACUGCUCCCCGCAGCCCACCCCACCCAAGAUUCAGACACAAGCCAGGAAAGGACCCAAGAGAAAAUCCUUCAAGGUGGCCUGAGGUCCCAUCCCUCCCUCAGACCCAUGUGGUCCCAGGCCAGGCUGUCUGGGACACGGUAAAUACCACCGUGUGCAAAAAUCGAAGUACAAAACCACAAGACUAAACAAAACAAACCCAGAGAGCCAAACUUGUAGAGGUGGGCAGUCCAGAAAGCAGGGGGCAGCCCUCCCCCUUUCCUUCUCUCCCUGACCCUCAGAAUAUAUAUUGUUGUAAUAGGAAGCAUUUUUUCAUUGUUCUCUUGUGGGUGUCACUACAGACAUGUUCUGGCGUGUUCUCCGAGGGAUGGAGCAUCCUGUUAUAUAUUUGACUUCAAAUUGAGAUGUUGGCUUCAUUUUUUUUUUUUUACCCAAUUAAUCUCCCAAUCCCUAGCAACUGUGACUCUGUAUUUAGCACAAGAGAAAGCUGAGAAUGUGGGUCUUGCCUCCUUCCAGAAAUAUGUCUGGCUCAUCAGGACAUUUUUUUAAAACUUCAAAAUAUUUUUAAGAUAUUUUAAACUUUUAUAAAAAAAAAAUCAACCAACAAGAGACUUUUCUGAGGAGGAACAUUUGUAUUUGAACAAGAUCCUUGGUGUGUAGUUCAGUCUUGCAGUAUACAAGCUUUUGUGUAUAAAUGUUUUAUGAUAUGAUUCCCUGUAUUUUGCAGGGGUUUUUUUCUCUUUUGCUUUUUAGAUAAAUAUGUAUAUCAAUAUUUUAAAUUCAUCUUUGCUUUUUUUAGAGGAGUUUGUAAUCACCUUAUAACAUGAAAAUAAACAUUUCCUUUUUAACAUCCAA